GAGAGAGAGAGAGAGAGAGAGGGGUGGAGAGAGAAAAAGGAUGUUUUUUACUUCCAUUUAGAGAACUAGUGGUGGUGUUCGGAAUUUACGAUUUGUAGCUGAAAAAUGGCGAAUUUUGUGGAUAAGGAGACGCAGAAUGGACCUAAGGGCGGCGGCGUCUCGGUGGAGCUUCCUGCUCCUGCUUCCUGGAAGAAAUUGUACAUGCCAAAGAAAGGAGGCACACCAAUGAAGAAUGAGGUCAUAUUUAUUGCUCCAACGGGGGAGGAGAUUAAUAACAGAAAAAAGAUGGAGCAGUACCUCAAAAUGCACCCUGGAAAUCCUGCAAUUUCGGAGUUUGAUUGGGGUACUGGUGAGACUCCAAGGAGAUCAGCAAGGAUCAGUGAGAAGGCUAAGGCAACACCUCCAUCAACAGAGAGCGAGCAAUCAAAGAAGCGUUCCCGAAAAUCAUCAAGUACCAACAAGGACAACAAAGAGAUGGAAAUUCCCACUGAAGAAACUGAAGGUAAGGAAAAAGUUGAACUGCAAGACACAGUCGUCACAGAGAAGAAAAAUGCAGAAGAGGAGGACAAAGGGAAGACGUAUGACCCAGAUGCCAAGAUGGAAGCAAAUGGUCCAGAGGAAGCUAUUGGGAAAGAUGAUAAGAUUCAGAAUGGCGCCCACAAAAAGAACUGUAAUGCAGAGGCAGUGGGGGUGGACAAACCCACAGAUGAGAUUGGUGGCACAGAAGUUGGUGCAAAUGAAGAGAAAAAUGUAGAAGACAAACAGGCCAAUGUAAAGGGAGAACAACCACAGUCUGAGACUGCAGAUACCUUUGAUGAGAAACAUUACAAGCCACAAGGGGUCACUGUGGAAACACAUGAUGGAACAGAGAAAGAGAUGUCGAAUGGUGUGACACCUACUUCUGAGGGGGAGACCAAAGUGCAAGAAGAGCAAAAUGAUAGCAAAUAUAAGCUGCAGGUAGAGGAGAACCAAACAGGGGGUGCUGAGGCCGCCCCACAACAGCCAUCUCCAGCUCCAAUUAGCUGCUGAAUGUUGCAAGUCUCUCUUAGGGCAUCCACCAUCUCUUCUACUGCCCCUCUUCUUCUCCCUUUUAGCUUUUUGGAACUCCUUGGAUGACUAAAUAUUUAUGUUAGUGCUGGAUUUGGUUGUUAGGAAACCAACCUUGUAUCCCUAAUAGAGUUGUUUGUGAUGGUGCAACUGUAGUGUACUGGAAGUCUAAUUAGAUUAUCUACAUACUGUCUUAGAUUCGUUCUCAUUCAGUUGUUAAUCUUGGGCACCGGCUUCAUUUUGUGGCAGAUCUAUGUGUUGUAUAUGUUAUUGGGAUGGGUUGAGGUGGGUUCUGUCUUGAAUAAGAAAUCGUUUUAGAUUGCACCAAG